GUCGCGGCGGCGCCGAAGAAGCAGAGCAAGCCGUCGGCGGUCUCUGCGGCGAUGCGGGCGGCAAUAACGGCCGCGGCCAACCAGCCAAAGAGGAGCACGAGGCCCAUCCACACUGACGCGGAGAGCGCCUGGAAGGUCGACUAUGGGGACGACUCGGACGAUGAGGAGACGUUCUUCAACUCCGAGAAGAAAGGGUACCGGACUCAAGCGACCAUGGGUGCUUUUGUAGAGGAGACAGCGACGACGACGACGACGAGGCAGAGGACGACUACAAGAGGCAGUGGGCGGAGAUCCGCGGGCACCACAACUGGCGCCAGUUCUCGAAGAAGCGGGCCAGGUAGGACGCCACCUGUGAGCACGCUGGCGCCGACCCCUCGGCGCGUGUUGAGCGCGUCUCCUCCUCCUCAUCCGCCCUGCUUUAUCCUCCUCCCUGUGUCACCCUCGGAUGUUGUGACGGGGCGCGGCGAUGCGCCCCGCGUGUUACUUGACGUGUUUCACUCGGGACCCGCGCAGCGCUCCGUGAGCCUUGUUGGCAGUCCCGCUGGUGCGACCGCCGCCCUCGAACGAGGGAGGCGCCUCUCGCUGGCCAAAGGUCGCCCAAGAGGAGGAGGAGGAGGAGGAGGAGGAGCAGCAGCAGGAGCCAGUCCCGCAGUGGCGGAGCGUAGGCUUCUGCGUGCGUGGGGGGGCGCGUCCCCCACCGACUGAAGGCAGCUCUGGCGGCGAUCCCCGGGGUCUUGACGCGGCUCCGGUGCCGAAAAAACAUCGUCACGGGUCACGACCGCCCGCCCUUCCACGGUGGUGUGGGAGGAGGCAAGGAUUCCAGCAGGUCCCGAUGCCUCUACACGCCUCCCCUGCUGCCUCGGCGGGAUUCGCUUCUCUCUGGA